AUGAACCCAUCCAAUGUCCCGUCUAAUGUCCCUGAAGCAGAUCAAGUGGCAAAUACCUUGGCUCAGGAAUGGAAAGAAGCCAAAGCGGCCCUAAGAAUGAGCAAAGAAAGGAUGACCAGGGAAAAGGGAACAAUACCCACAUACUUGAUUGGCAAAAAAGUCUGGUUGGACGGAAAAAACGUGGAGCUCAGGACCAACUCCAAUAAACUAGACCCCAAACGCCUGGGUCCCUUUGAAAUCACGGAGAAGAUCUCAAGUCACGCCUAUCAACUAAAACUCCCUGAAACCUUGAAAAUCCAUGACGUCUUUUACCCAACCAUUCCCGGAACGACUCCCCCUGAAACAAUUGAAGGAGAGGAAGAAUACGAGGUUGAGCAAAUUAUUGAUUCAAAAAGACAACGAGGGAAGUGGUUCUACCUAAUAAAAUGGAAGGGUUACGGACCAGAAGACAACUCUUGGGAACCGGAGGAACUGUUGGAACACAGCCAGGAAGAGAUCAAGCGCUUCAACCAAGCUAGACUCAGAAAGGCUUGUGACGCCGCCAAGAGCCUUUAA